AAUUGUCAAUAGUUGUCUGUUAUGAACAGUGGACAUCGGCUGAUCGUUCGGGGCGUGUUAUAAAUAAGAUGUUGUAUUGAAAGUUUCACACAGAAAAUGUAAAUUGAAUUACGAUCAUGAGUGCUAAUAUAAUAAAAAGAUUAAGCGUAUCGUCAUUGGUCUCAUGACCAUUUCAUUUUAACUCUCAUAUUGAUAGUAAAUACAUACCAUGGGCGACGUUGUAAGCUUAUUUUCUGUGAUAAUUAUGAAAUUCAAAUCAAAGUUUAAUGAAAGUAAAAUUUACUUUCAUUGUGAUUUGCCAUGGGAAAAACUUAAAUCAGUGAAAUGGAUGAACGAAAGGGCCACAUCCAAUAAAGCCUACGUACCAACUGCGGUGGAAAACAUCGCAAAUGUGUGCACACAUGCACUAUGUGUUGCACCUGCAUCCCUUGGCGCGCGGGAGCUCCUCACGCGCUCCGUGAAUGCGCCGCAAGCCAUCGCUGCGGUGGUCUACGGGCUGGCACUAUGCCUGCUCUUCGCCGUGUCCACCACCUUCCAUUCAGUUUGCUGUUGUCAAUCUGAAACUAAAAUGAAACACUUCCUCCACCGAUGCGACCGCGCCAUGAUCUACAUAUUCAUCGCGAGCUCCUACUUCCCAUGGCUGACUGUGGGCACAUUGUCGUGUUGGAUGCUACGAGAAUUGCGCUGGGCAAUCUGGCUGUUGGCUGUGCUUGGCAUCACUUACCAGCAGAUAUUCCACGAGCGGUACAAAAUGUUGGAGUUGUUGCUGUACUUGAUUAUGGGGCUUGGACCAGCGGUGAUCAUUGUUACUUCAAAUCACCAGUUUCCAGCGAUGCACGAUCUGAAGAUGGGUGGGAUGCUGUAUCUGAUUGGCGUAUUCUUCUUCAAGUCAGACGGUCGCAUCCCAUUCGCCCAUGCCAUUUGGCAUAUUUUCGUAGCACUAGCCGCCAGUGUUCACUACCUAGCUAUCCUCCGACAUCUCUUCCCUGAACUAAAAUCGCAAUGAAGACUGCCCGUUUAACCUAUUCAAACUCGAUUAGCGAGCUCUCUAAGAUAUUUUUGUAUCCUAAUUCGUUAACAAGGCCACGAAUAGUUCACUUGACAGCGGCAGGCGAAAUGUUAGAUGUCAAUUGGUUAAAAGCUGUUUGUGUCAAGAUGAAAAUUAGGAAGUUAUAGGGAUUGAUAUUAUGGAAUUUUUGAUUCUUAUUCCAAUUUAGACGAAAAUAGCUACGAACGCGUUUUCUAUCAUGAUAUCGUAUAUUAUUUGUGUGAGAUGAACAUUAUGAUAACCGAAUCAUGAAGGUACUCCUAAUUGACAAAAAUACCUACGAAUAAAGUCGUAUUACAAAUGAUAUUAUUAUAUGAGUUACAUCGUUGAACUUACGAUUUACGUAAUGAUUAAUAUCGCACUAAUUAAAUUAAAUGGCUGCGGUUAUGCAACAGGGCACUGUGACGUAAAUAUUUACCCUAUUUUGUUUAAUAAAACGCGUUCGUCAUUAUACUACAUGCGUGUGUAUAUUUUGUAAAAUAUUGUUGAAUCUUAUUGUUGUAGUGUACGUAGUCGUAUCCCAGAAUCUCGAGACCAAUCCAACCCUUUUUAGACAAUUUAAAAGUGUAUUAGGGUUUUUAGAAACGUUUAUAUCUAUCUAUACUUAUAUUAAA